GGCGGGGCCUGGGCGGAGGGGGCGGGGCUCGGGGUAUCAUGGAGGAUCAGUCGGCUCACCGCGGCCAUCAGAGCAGGGCAGCGCGCUGAUCCGCUCCGGGACCGUCUGCACCGCUGACCGCCGCUCCAGCCCAGCCGAACCCCGCCCGAACCGGACACCAUGGAGAUGAAGAAGAGGAUCACUCUGGAGCUGCGGAACCGGAGCCCGGCGGAGGUGGCCGAGCUGGUGGUGGACAACUGCCGCUCGACGGACGGCGAGGUGGAGGGUCUGUCGGACGCCUUCAGCCAGCUGGAGUUCCUCAGCAUGGUCAACGUGGGCCUCAGCUCCCUGGCCAAGCUGCCCUCCCUGCCCCGCCUCCGCAAGUUGGAGCUGAGCGAUAACAACCUGUCGGGUUCCCUGGAGACGCUGUCCCAGAAGUGUCCUAACCUGACCUACCUGAACCUGAGCGGGAACAAGAUCAAGGACCUGAGCAGCGUGGAGGCGCUGCAGCAGCUGAAGGCCCUGCAGAGCCUGGACCUCUUCAACUGCGAGAUCACCUGCCUGGAGGACUACCGGGACAGCGUCUUCCAGCUGCUGCCGCAGGUCACCUUCCUGGACGGCUUCGACCAGGAGGACAACGAGGCGCCGGACUCCGAGGGGGACGACGACGACGACGGGACGGCGCCGGCCGGGGUCUACGACGACGACGACGACGAAGAGGAGGAUGAGGAAGGCUCGGAGGGAAAGGUGGGGCUGCCCUAUCAGGUGAACCGGGCCAAUCAGGACGAGGAAGAAGACGAGGAGGACUACGGCGAAGACGAGGAAGAGGAUGCGGCUGGCGUUCAGGGACUGAAGAGGAAGAGGGACGUGGACGAUGAGGGCGAAGAUGAGGAUGACGACGAAGAUGACUAGUCCUGUCCUCCGCCUGCACCUGCGCCUCUGGACCGACCUGCGUCACACCGUAACCACAGCGAUGGUGGCGCCGCCCCCGACCGUAGCGCCGCCCCCCGACCGUAGCGCCGCCCCCCGACCGUAGCGCCGCCCCCCGACCGUAGCGCCGCCCCCCGACCGUAGCUGUUCCAAUAGAGUCACUCGAUUGUUUUAGAGAUUUUACUGACAUUUUGUCUGAAGACUCCGCGUUCCUUCAAGACCUGAUCAAGACCUGUGUGCUGCACUCCGCCUCCUAGACCCUGACGGACUCUGCUUGACCCUGAUGGACUCAGCCGGACUCAGCCGGACUGGCAGACUCUGUGGGUUUGUACUCGUCUGAUCUGGACUCCACUCGACUCGUCUGGACUGGACUUGAUUUGUCUGGUCUGAACUUGUCUGGUCUGUAGUCCAUUCAUCUGCACUCGUCUGGUUGGGUCUGGUCGCUACUCGUAUAGUCUGGACUUGGCUCAUCUGGACUCAUCUGGUCCAGUCUGGACUCCACUCAUCUGGACUUGUCUCAAAUCGACUCAUCUGUUCUGCGCUCGUCUGGUCUGGUCUCGACUUAUAUGAACUUGACGCAUCUCUAAUGGCCUCGGCUCAUCUGGUCUGCUCUGGAUUCCACUCAUCUAGACUCAACUGGUCUGGUCUGGCCUGGAUUUGGCUAAUCUGGACUCAACUGGUCUGGCCUGGACUCGAUUGGUCUGGUCUGGUCUGGACUGGGUUCGUUGACGGAACAUCCCGGAUGUGAGCAGGGCAGAGCGCCCCCUUCAGGGCCUCCCAGCCGGUCCGGGUUCUGGAGCAGGAGGCGGACUCGUCAGACCUGCAGGAUCUCAGGUCCUCAUAGCUUUUCCCAGGGUGUGCUUGAUUUGUUGCAGGGGACGUCCAGGGGGACGGUGUGGGUGGGAGGAGUUAUUAGUUUUGUGUACUUUUGUUUAACAUGUUUUUAGUUUGAUGUCGUGAUGUUCCCCCAUCACCGUGCCAUGCUGCAGGCUCCGCCCACUUGACCUUUGACUCCUGCAGCCGAUCUCUUUGGUUGUAAAAAAAGGGGCGGAGUCUGAGGCGGACACAGCGGUGGUGUUUGACUCAGGUGGGAACUGGAACGUCUCGCCUGCUUCUCGCCGCGCUCACACUCUGAGAAA